AUGGCGCUUCCGAGGAUGAAGGUGGUGCGGAAGAGGUCGGCGUCUGCUGUCGGGAUGCUUACCGCUGGUGGUGUGGGAAUUUUUUUGCAGAUGAUGAAGAGGAACCUGGGGACCGUGGGGAAAGUGUACAGCGUGGAUCAGUCUGGCAUUUCGAGGUUUCCGACGGUCCUCUUUUGCAGCAUCGUUUCCGGCUGCGUGCUAUUUGGACGGUUCAUGUUGUAUGCUGAUGAGCUGUCCCGGAAGGCGCUGGAACCGACGACAGCCAUGGUGUCCGACUCUGGAAUUGGCGCAGAGCGGGUCUUCUUGCCGGACAGCGUCACAGCCAGCUCAGCUGACCCAGACCGGCCAAAGCGCUAUUCCCUACCGUGUGACGACAUGCUCAGCGACCUCUGCGCCGAUGGGGCGGCCGCCAGGCGCUGCCUGACCUGCGGGGCCGACCUCUGCCUCUUCUGCUGCCAGGCCCACAGGAGACAGAAGAAGACAGCCUCGCAUGCCGUGACGGAGCUGGAGAGCACCAAGCAUUGCAGCCAGGCCGGGAAGCCUCUCUUCUGCCCUUCCCAUCCCACAGAGGAGCUAAGGCUGUUCUGCGAGCAGUGUGACCAGCCUGUGUGCCGGGAUUGCGUUGUAGAUGGGCACCGGCAGCACCCCUAUGACUUCACCAGCAAUGUCAUCCACAGGCAUGGUGAUGCCCUGCGGGAGCUGCUGAAAGGCACCCAACAGCACAUGAGUACCCUAGAGGGUGCGCUGAGCCAGAUUGAUGACAUGGGCAGUGCCGUUCGCAGUCGCACAGAGGCCGUGGCCACAGAGAUCUGUCUGUUUGCCAGUGGGUAUGUGAAAGCAAUUGAAGAGCACCGGGACCAGCUGCUGAAGCAGCUGAAGGACUUGAAGGUGCAGAAGGAAAACCUGCUGCACUUGCAGAAGGCCCAGCUGCAGCAGCUGCUGCUGGACAUGAGGACAGGUGUGGAGUUCACGGAGCGCUUGCUGACCAGUGGCUCGGACCUGGAGAUCCUCAUCACCAAAGGGGUGGUGGCAAGCCGGCUGGCAAAGCUGAACAGCAUUGCUUACAACACUCACCCCAGCGUGGACAACGGGAUCCAGUUUUCUCCCCAGGAGAGGGCAGGGCAGUGUUCCGGCUAUGAAGUUUUUGGGGCCAUUCUCAAUAAAGUGGUUGAUCCAGCCAGAUGUACCCUGCACGGGGAAGAUCUCCACAGUGCCCGUCAGAACCAGCUGACUGGCUUUACCCUGCUCUGCAAUGACACCACGGGGGAGCGGAUGGGGCGAGGAGGAGAGGCCGUGCGGGUCACCAUCACCCACAAGGACAAGAGAGACUGUGCAGUCAAGCCAACAGUGUGUGAUAACAGUGAUGGGACCUACCAUAUUUCCUACAGCCCUGAGGAGCCGGGCUUGUAUGCUGUCUGCGUCUAUGUGAAAGGGCAGCAUGUGCAGGGCUCUCCAUUCACUCUGAUGGUGAAAAACAAGUUCCGCGAGCACCAGGGCGUGUUUCACUGCUGCACGUUCUGCUCAAGCGGAGGGCAGAAAGCUGCUCGCUGUGCCUGUGGGGGGACCAUGCCAGGUGGGUAUGAAGGCUGUGGCCAUGGACACAAAGGUCACCCUGGCUGCCCGCACUGGUCGUGCUGUGGACAAGUGAAGGAGAGCUCGGAGUGUUUGGGUGGGCCACCCAGCGACACCUCGCAGAGGAGUUUGCUCAGGACAGUGGUGCUCUGAGCAGUCAGGUGAGCCCCUGCGAGCCCAGUGCACUGCUGCUGGCUGCUGCAUGAGCACAAACCACAAGGAUUCCCACAUAGGAUCCAUGAGGAUC